UUGACUAGAUUUGAAAAGACGAACGAAAUGUUGUCAAAUUUUAAUAGCCUUUCGUCAACGAGGUACCAAGACAUCGAGGCUCAGUUCAGAAAGCACAUCAACUUAAUGAAUGCAUCUAAGAAAGAUCUGGAACAGAUAUUUAAAAGGAUAAGG